AUGGGAGUGAUGAGACACCCUCUAGUAAAGGAAGAGCAGAGGACACAGGGUCAUCGUUUCAUUAUGUUUGAUAUUAAAGUGGUUGAUACGCAGAAUGGAACUUUGAGGUUCUCCGACAUUUAUGGAUGGCCGGAGAGUGGUGAGAAGCACCAGAAGUUGGAAUUGAUGAGUUCGUUAACACUUAACAACAGUGGGAUGGGAUGGGCCGUGGGUGUGCCGGAGAUUAUAAUCAAAAUCAUGAUUUGCAACUGGCACGUGCGGAGUCCGUGA